AUGGCCCAUUCCCCGCCCACGUGAUGACAAUUAGCUUGAGCCUUGAAGCGCGUUCCAACUCAUCCGUCAUCCCUUCAUUGCGUUCCACCACAUCGGUACCGAGACCCUUUCCGUCGGUCUUUUCCUCUUUCUCGUAAUCUCCUCUUCCGCGAUGUCCUCUUUGAAACGAAAGGCUGCCCAGACCUUUGAAUCCGUCCCUGUCACCAAGAAACCCAACCGCACCCUCGAAUCUUUUUUUUCACCCCAAGUUCCUCUACCGAAGAAAAGCUCUGACGACCCAACUGAACCGUCCCAUGUAUCGCUGAGCCCGGAACAGACAAGAGUCUUAAGGAUGGUCAUAGAUGGAGGAAAGAAUGUAUUCUUCACCGGUGCAGCAGGUACUGGUAAAUCACUACUACUUCGAGCUAUCAUUAGAGGAUUGCGUAACAAAUACUCCAAAACGAAAGACGCGAUAUCAAUCACUGCGAGCACUGGAAUGGCCGCUUCAAACGUGGGAGGAAUGACGAUUCACUCUUGGGGGGCAGUAACACCCAACUGUAGCGAUAUGAAUCUCUUAAUUAAAUGUAUCAAGACUUGUCGGCCUGCUCUUCAAAGAUGGAAGAAGACCAAAGUUUUGAUCAUUGACGAAGGUUGACUUUGUUUAGGCUGUAGAAUUA